AUGGUCGACUUCCCACGUGGUGGGAUAGCUGGCAGGACUCCUUCUCGAAUUGCUUGUCGGUCGUUAGUUUUCGAGCAUCAGAUUCGGCUCAAAUUGCCCGCAACCUGGUUCGCCGGCUUUCGUAACUCCCAGAGUGCCACUGGUAGCAGUGCUGCUGGCGCCCAGACCGGUCUUCCGGACCCAUUGGUGCUGCAACUGGACCUCAAGGAGCGUAGAAGAAGUGUCAUGUCCGAUGCCGGUGGCUACUUGGCGACAACGGAAAAUUUCGAGGAUUCUCACGCUAAUGGUGAGCAGUCGUGGGCUGGCGUUGUAAUAUCUAAUAAGAAUGGUAGUCUUCCUUGA